AGGAGGAUUAGCAUUUCACUUGAUGGCUGAACCUAAAAUGACAGGCAUGUCGACCACGACUAGUGCACGCAAGAGAAGGACCUGUAGCGAGCCAGUAUGUGCUUAGUACAUGCAUCUUAUCUUAUCUUGUGCUUAUUUCUGCUACAUGCUGUUAUCUGAUCUCUACAUUGCGUAAUACAUGUUUGAAUAGUUAAUUGUUGUAACUAUGUUUGCAAUAUUACCAGAAUGCAGUUUUAAUGAAGCAGUCAUCAUUAGAAGAUAGUCGCCAAAGCGACCCUGUGCAACAUUAUGAUAAUGCAGGUGUAAUGAAGAAGUCCUUAGUAGAAGAUAGAGCGCAAAAAAGGUUCCGGGGUGAGCCUAUGCAACGAUAUAAUAAUGCAGUUGUGAUGAAGCAAUCUUCAUCAGAAGAGAGGCCCACAAAAAGUUCUGAUCUUUCUUCUGAUGCAUCCUCUCAUAGCCGUCAACCUAGACCAUUCCUUUCAUCAAACAGUAAAUAUCUCAAGGCUGUACUUUAUAAAAGACAUGGUAUUGCUGCUUUAAGAUCUGUAGCUGAUAUGUUGACCAAGAGUACACACGAUUCAAUCAAGGCGAUUGCCAAAUGUCAACGUGUUAUUGAUGAUGCUAAUAGAAGUCCUCAAUGAUUCUAUGUAAUUUUUUUAUUUGGGCACAUUAAUUGCCUUGUAAUUUUCCUAGUUAUUUUAUUUGUGUAUGUAAUUGUGUGUAUCAUUGAUACCAGAUUUUAGGCUCAUGAAAUUUAAUGCAA